AUGGUAUUCCAUACCCUGGUUGGUUCCGCCUAUGCCUACAAAGUAGCCUCGAACAAUCAGAUGGUGAUGUGCUACUUUGGUGAAGGAGCCGCGAGCGAAGGAGACAGUGGGGUAUCGUUCAAUUUCGCCGCUACUCUACGAUGUCCGGUCGUGUUCUUCUGUAGGAACAACGGUUACGCGAUAUCAACCCCAGCCAAUGAGCAAUAUGGUGGCGACGGCGUAGCCGGUGUCGCCUUAGGUCACGGCCUGCAUUCGAUUCGUGUCGAUGGCAACGACGUAUUCGCCGUUUACGCUGCCACCUUGGCCGGUCGUCGAUUGGCUCUCGAAGGAAAACCCUGCCUGAUAGAGGCGAUUACCUACAGAGUUGGCCACCACUCGACGUCUGACGACAGUACUUCCUACCGCUCAAAGUUAUUUAGCAAAAGUGAAGAGGUUCAGUUCUGGACAACGUACAUGAACCCAAGAAUGCGGUUGAAGAAGUAUCUAAUGGCUCAAAAUUUACUGACAGAAGAAGAUGAAAAAAAUAUGGUAAAAGCGGUCACCGAAGAGAUCAUGAAGGCUUUGGCCUCAGGAGAAAAAAAGAUGAAGCCAUCGAUAAAAAGUAUGUUAUCCGACGUUUAUGAGGAAGCAACGCCAAGAUUGAAGAUGCAAGAAGAAACGCUAGAACAACACCUAAAACUGUACGAAGAUUUUUACCCAACGAAGAAGCUUUUCGCGUGA